AUGGUAGAAUACUGCGAAGGCGUCGACCACGAAGCCUUGGCCUGGGUUGCAGGGACUGAACUUGGCUCGGGAGGGACACUGGUCGGAUCAUACGGGUCUUUCGCAGAGAUAUCGGAUGAGAUAUCCGAGGUUGAGGGCGUCGAGGAGGUCAUGUUCAUCUUUGACGAGUUCCUCUCGGGUGUGGACAGUUCUGGCCAUGUCAUCCAGCCGCAGAUGAAGAGCAGGUCCAAGGUCAAUGGAUCUGCUUGA